AUGAAGCCAGCCACCUUCACCAUCAUCCUCGCCAGCGCAGCCGCGCCCGUGCUCGCCGCCGUCGGAGGCCGCUGCGCCAGCCAAUACGGGGCCAACUGCAUCUGCCUGAACAAGAACACUUGCCGCAACACGUACGGAGGGCGGGCGGAGCAGGGCAGCGCCGGCAACUGGCCGUGCCCCUCGGACGGCAACGACAUCUGGGGCUGCUUCGUCGACAACUGCAAGGGCAGCUCGACCGUCUGCCAGUGGAAGGACUUUUGCGCGGGCUCAAGCUUCGGGACGGUGUUGCCUGACCCUGUCUGCCCUGGUGGGAACAACUUUGUGUGCUGCAAGUACUGA